CUCAAGUCUUCUUCUAAUUCGUCACACGGGAGAAGAAAAAAAAGAAACUCAAAAGCUCUACACGAAAUGGACGCGACGAUAGGAAAGGUUUUCGAUUCCGUCUCUACCUUCUUCGCCGGCGUUGCUUCCGGCUCCUCCGAUGAGUUCCCCUUGUGCGACACCGACAUCAUCUCGGGAUGUGAGAAAGAGCUUGCAGAGGCUCAGAAAGGCCAAGACGAAGGGUUUAAGAAGGAAUCCAUCAUGCGGCUAUCGUGGGCUCUUGUUCAUUCGAAGAUGCCUGCGGAUAUUCAGCGUGGGAUAGCAAUGCUUGAAGGUUCGGUGGUUAGUGAUACAAGUCCAAUGACACUAAGGGAGAAGCUAUAUCUCCUUGCUAUUGGAUACUAUCGAAGCGGUGACUUUUCAAGAAGCAGGGGUUAUAUAGAACGGUGUUUGGAGGUUGAACCAGAGUGGAGACAGGCUCAGACGCUAAAAACGGCUAUAGAGGAUCGUAUUGUGAAAGAUGGUGUUAUUGGCGUUGGAAUCGCUGUUACUGCUGUUGGGAUUGUUGCUGGUAUUGCUGCAGCAUUGGUACGCAGAGGCUGAGAAGGAAAGAAACCCGUACAUGUACAUGUUUCCCUGAUCUUCAGUGAGUUUGUUUAGUUUCUUUUGUGAGCUUGGAAGAAUGUAUUUAUUAAAGGGCUUGGCUUGGAAGAAUGUUUUUUAUUAAAGGAAAACAAAUAAAGUUGUAAUUCCAAUCUUAUUAUGAAUAGCUAAACAGCAUUACUGA